GCGCCUUGUAACAAUUAAGACACCAAUCAACUCGAAGGCGUUAAAGCGUUCAAUUCUCGCCAGUGGAAGAGCAAAAUAAAAGAAGAAUCAAAGCGGCAUCAUGAAAGGACUCCUCGUUUUAAUCAUCACUCUAAUUACCAUUUCGCACUGUCAAAGAUUCGGCGGUAAUCAACAGAACUAUAAUACAAAUUACAAUAAUGCGCCUGCAGCGCCCCUUGGCGGUGGUGGUGUGAGUUGUCCGGAACGUAAUGGAACUUUUCCAACAUCGACUUGUGAUGGUUAUAUUGAAUGUAAAGAUGGUGUCGGUGAAGAAAAACUAUGUCCAGAUGGUCUGCUCUUCAAUCCAGAAGUACGUGGAUAUCCAUGUCAAUAUCCCAUCGAUGUUGAUUGUGCCGGACGUACUGCAACACAACCUGCUCAGCCAACCGAAGAAUGCCCGCAUCAAUAUGGCUACUUCCGUUUGGGCGACGCCACGCACUGCGGGCAAUUCAUGAACUGCGCUGCCGGGCGUGGUUUCACAUUCGAUUGUCCUGAAGGUUUGGCGUUCAACGCCGCAAGCUACCGCUGCGAUUGGCCCGAUCAGGUACCCGAUUGUGACGCGGAAGCAUAUUUAGGGUUCUCAUGCCCACCACCUGCUAAGGGCUUCUUUGGUUUCGGCGAAGAGUACCGCUUUUUCCGUUCGCCCGCCGACUGCCAGCGGUACUUCGUUUGUAUUGAGGGUAAACCACGCGCAUAUGUUUGCGGUGAGGGGCAAGCGUUCAACGAGCUGACGAAUACUUGUGAUGGAGCGGAGAACGUCACCGGGUGCGCUCAGAAUUACAAUCCUAAUUUUGAUAGCAGGCAACAACAAAAUCAACAGCAGUUUAGAGGCUAAAGAGUUUAAAAUUGCAUGUAAAUCAUUGUAAAUAUAAAAUUAUGCUUUAGUUGCAUGUUGGAAAUAUAAAUUACGGUAGAGGGCGCUGCCUGUACCUCGGCGAGUCACAUUGAAUAUUAAAUAAACAUUUGUCCGUUAAAUCAAA